UCCCAAGCUGCCGCGGUACAAAACCAUAAAUAGUGUGAUUCCGCUACGAACAGCUACCCUUAUCAACUGAAGGUUGAAACUCUGCCGGUGCAGUGACAAUCGAUACGUGACAGGUAUCGCACUACUCUUUGGAAAUUGCGAUUUGCUAGAGGAAAAAGAUGGCACAAUCACCACUCCGUUGGGGUAUCGCCAGUGCUGGCAAAAUUUCACACGAUUUCGCGAACGCCGUCGGAACGCUACCGGCAACAGAGCAUCAAAUAGUCGCUGUGGCUGCCCGAAAACUGCAGGAUGCUGAAAAAUUUGCUGCCCUGCUUGGUAUAGGAACGGCACACGACGGAUAUGAGGCGCUGGCAAAAAACCCAAACGUUGAUGUCGUUUACAUUGGGGCGGUUAAUAACGCACACUACGAGUUAGGACUGCUGAUGCUUGAGCACGGAAAGCAUGUGCUGUGCGAGAAGCCGCUCUGUCUGAAUGAAGGCCAAUCGAAGCGACUUAUCAAGCGAGCGACCGAACGGAAUCUCUUCCUGAUGGAAGCUAUUUGGUCGCGGUUUUUCCCGUUUUACCGUCAACUUCGGGAGCGUAUCGACCGUGGAGAUCUAGGUGAGAUUCGCGAGGUGGAGGUAGAGUUCGGAUUUGUACUGUCCGACAUCGAUCGCUUGCGGCUCAAAAGUCUCGGAGGAGGUACUGUGCUGGAUCUAGGCGUCUACACGAUCCAGGUGUGCCUGUGGGCUUUCGGUGGCAAAGCUCCCGAAAAGGUGGUGGCAUCUGGUGUGAUCAAUGAUGAUGGUGUUGAUGUGGAGGUAACCGCUGAACUGCACUUUCCUGGCGGCGGCAUAGCACGUAUGAAAACGAGUGCGUUGCAUCAGUUGAAGAAUACCGCAAUAGUGCGUGGCAGUAAAGGUAGUUUGACGUUGCAUGACUUCUGGUGCCCAUUAAAGCUGACUGAUGUAGAUGGGACAAUAAAAGAAGAUACAUUACCUACCGCCCGGCAUCCUUUCAAUUUUAUGAACAGUUGUGGUUUACGAUAUGAAGCAGAAGAAAUAAGGAAAUGCAUUAGAGCUGGCCGGGUACAAUCGACGUCCGUAUCACAUGCUGAUAGUUUACUGAUUGCACAUAUUCAGGAUGAAAUUCGUAAACAAGUUGGUGUAGUCUUCCCGGAAGACACCCAAUUUGCUAUGUAAAGGUUCAGGAUACGAAAUUCAACAUAUCAAACAAAAGAAAACGGAUAUUUUGUGGGCUAUAUUAAUGUAAAGUCGAUUACAUACAACGUUGAUUAUCAAUCCUCCGGUCAAAUAAAGUCAGCCCUCACGCUGCGGAGAUAGUAAACAUUCUUGAUUGAUUAUUCAGUUCCGGUGUUUACUAUAGGUAGCGAUCAACUAAGGCAGUUUGAGAAGAGCAAAGGGUGUAGGAAAGCUGAUAUGAUUCGCUGGUUAAUGGAUAAUAAAUCACUUUUCAUAGUUCAUCGUGGAUAAUAAACCACUUUUCAUAGUA